AUGGCGCACCCAUUUGUCUGGGCUCUGCGUAUAGUCCACGCAUUCGAGGAUCGCAUCGUCGCUGCUAUUCUUCGUCGUCCUGGUUUCCAUCGCGGUGUCGGCCGUAUUCACAAGUACAUUGACGAGAAACAACACGGUCGCCACCCACACGAGCCGCUCGCUCCUGGCGAGGCCACCGCGGACCCCAACGCUUCCGACCGAGGUCGUAGCUUUAUCAAGCACUUUGUCGACGAAUUGCGUAACCAAGCGCGUGGCAAACCGACCGAUAUUGACAAGACGCCUCACAAAUGA